GCGUGGGACCCGUGGGUCCCGACCGGGGUCCUCGCUCUCUCCCUCGUUCCUCUGGAAACCCCGUGUGCACCGUUCUGGAGGACAUGGCGCGGCAGUGGGGGCCCUCCAUGAGGGCGGCCGAGAAGGCGGGCUGCGUGGUGAGCGCCUCCCGGGCCGGGCAGGCCGAGGCGGGCUCGUGGAGCUGCAGCGGGGUGAUCCUGAGCCGCUGCCCGGACCUGGUGCUGUGCCACGGGGGCAUCUUCACCCCCUUCCUGCGGGCCGGGAGCGCGGCGCUGACCGCGGCCGGCGCCGCCUUCCUGCCCGGCGACAGUUGCGGUGACGACCUGCGCCUGCACGUGCAGUGGGGUCCGGCAGCCGCGAGCCCCGCAGGCCGCGCGGAGCGGGGCCGUAUGGGCCUGUGCACGCCCCAGUGCGCCGGCCCGGAGCCCGGCCCGCCGGCCCGAUCCGGCGGGCGGCUCCUGCAACCCCCGCGGCCCGCCGAGCUGCUGCUGCUGCUGAGCUGCCCGGCCUUCCGGGCCCACUUCGCGCGCCUCUUCGGGGGCGAGGCGGCCGAGCAGUGGCGCUUCGCGAGCGCGGCGCCGGACGACGAGGUGUCGGAGGAGGAGGAGGAAGAUCAGCUGAGAGCGCUGGGCUGGUUCGCGCUGCUGCGCGUGCGGCCCGACCGGGAGGAGGAGGAGGCGGCGGCGGCGGAGGAGGAGUGCGGGCCGGUCGUGGCCGUGGCGCCUCCUGGGGCCGUGCCCAAGGGCGCGCCGCUGCUGGCCUGCGGCUCCCCGUUCGGGGCCUUCUGCCCGGACAUCUUCCUCAACACGCUCAGCCGCGGCGUGCUCAGCAACGCAGCGGGUCCGCUGCUGCUCACCGACGCGCGCUGCCUACCGGGCACCGAGGGCGGCGGCGUGUUCGCUGCGCGACCCGCGGGGGCGCUCGUGGCGCUCGUGGCCGCGCCCCUCUGCUGGAAGGCCCGCGAGUGGGUGGGCCUCACGCUGCUCUGCGCCGCCACCCCUCUCCUGCGCGCCGCCCGAGCCGCUCUCGGCCGCCUGGGCCCUGGCACCCACGCCCUGGCCGCCCUCCUGCCGCCGGAGAUGGGCGCCCCGUGGGGCUUGCCCCUCCGAGACCCCGGCCCCCCGUGGGCAGCUGCGGCCGUGCUGGUGGAGUGCGGCACCGUCUGGGGCUCCGGAGUGGUCGUGGCGCCCCGCCUCGUGGUGACCUGCCGGCAUGUGGCCCCUCGGGAGGCGGCCAGGGUCCUGGUGCGCACCACGCCCCCCCAAGUAAGGCCCGCAAGGAGUGCCACGAUCUGGGGACAUGUGGUGUUUGCCACCCAGGAGACCUCUCCCUAUGACGUAGCGGUAGUGAGCCUGGAGAAGGACCUACACGAUGUCCCCUUGCCAGUGCCGGCUGAGCAUUUCCACGAAGGCGAAGCUGUCAGUGUGGUGGGCUUCGGCGUCUUUGGCCAGGCUUGCGGGCCCUCGGUGACCUCAGGCAUCCUGUCAGCUGUGGUGCGGGUGGAUGACGCAGCGGUGAUGCUCCAGACCACAUGUGCCGUGCAUGGCGGCUCCAGCGGCGGACCCCUCUUCUCCCCCUGCACAGGAAACCUCCUGGGCAUCGUGGCCAGCAACACCCGGGACAAUGACACAGGGGCCACCUACCCUCACCUGAACUUCAGCAUCCCCAUCACGGUGCUGCAGCCGGCCCUGCAGUGGUACAGGCGGACGGGGGGCCUGGGCGGCCUCCGGGAGCUGGACGGCGCCGCGGAGCCCGUGAGGGUGGUGUGGCGGCUGCGGCAGCCCCUGACGGGGGCCCCGCAGAGCAAGCUCUGAGGCUGCGUCGGUCCUGUGGCGAGAAGAGCCACCACAUGUGGCCACAGCAAGCGCCCAGGGUAGCGGCCUCAGGAUCCUGACACAGGCCGGCUGGGCCACCGCCCCUUCCCCCCACCUCGUUCGGCCCCGCAGUCGGGACCGCACUUCCCCUGGGCCGCACGGGUCUCCAGCCUGGCAGCCUGCCCCGGGGUGCUCUUUGGAGCCCUCACGUCUGUCUGCCCGCCGGCACUACAGUCGGCUGUAUUAUUUCUCCUUCGGGGGAGCCCCGCGUCAGUGCACACAGCCCUGGUCCUGACAGCCGGGCGCAGGCUGGAAGGCGGUCCCAGCCCUGGCUUUGCAUCUGCCCCCUGUCUCCUGAUGGCCACUGGCCACGGAGUGGCUGCUCCACGGGGCAGGAGCUUCCUCAGAAACCCUCAGCAGAGAGGCCUGCUCUGAAGACCAAAGACAAGAGGAAAAGGACGUCUUUCUGGUUUGUUACAUCUCUAGGUGGAGUCCCUGAAGGUUAGGAUUCGUGGGUCUUCCUGAGUCGGAUGUCGCUGACCUCCAGGAGCACUCUGACACAGUGCCUUUACUUUCCAGCCCAUAAAAUGGGCCUCAGGGUCUCACGGGGUAGAAUGUGUCUCGUUGGGGGUUGGGAAUAA